AUGAAGAAAGAAAAGAGGUCAGUGUUCUUUCCUACCUUAAGAGGACAGUCAGAAGAGUUCCGCAUGUUUAUAAGGCGAACUAAGACUAAGACACUCCAAGAAGCUGUUUCUAGUGCCAUGCAAGAAGAAUGUAUACGAAUGCAUGAAGGAAAUGUGAAUGAGAUUAACAAGAGAAAUAAUGUAUAUACAGUGGAAAAAGGAAGUGAUUUUCAUGAACUGAAUUUAAAGAAGAAUAAUUAUUCAGAAAGUCCUAUAAACAACCGAAGAUAUCAAAACAAAAGCUUCAGACAGUGUACAAAUUGUGGAUAUAAUGGCAAGUUGGGAUGGGAGGAAAAUGUAAAAGAUUUGUUUUGCUUACAGAAACUUCUUACAGCUGCAGCGAAGGGGAAUAUAAAAGAGGUAGAAUUAUGUGUAAAGAAUGGAGCUAACUUGGAAUGUAGAGGAGGUUUUGGACAGACACCAUUAAUGUUGGCGGCUCGGGGAGGACACCUGGAGGUGGUUACUUACCUGGUCACUCAGGGCAGUCAGUUAGAGGCUACAUCCCCCGUGAGUGGAUGGACACCAUUAAUGUUGGCGGCUAUGUACGGACACCUGGAGGUGGUGACUUACCUGGUCACUCACGGCAGUCAGUUAGACGCUACAUCCACCUUGGAUGGACAAACAGCUUUACAUCUUGCUUCUGGGAAGGGACAGAUUGAUGUAACAAAAUGUUUAAUAGAUCAAGGAUGCAGUCCUUGGGUGAAAACAUUGAAGGUAACAUUCAGUUUUAUUCUUAUUAGAUAG